AUGGGCUGCAACAUGUGUGUGGUGAACAGGCCGGAGGAACAGUAUAGGAUUAUGUUUCAGAAGGGAAACACUAUGCGUCCCAUUGAUGCAGAAGUAAAGCUCAAAGGCAGAAGAACAUCUCAUCUGCCCCAGGAUAAAGACGGGCAGCCCCAUGAUCCUUUGCUACUUCAGGUGGUACGUAAGGGAUACAGAAGGAGAUUAGGUGCAGCCGCUGGCACAGCCCGGCUCAUGGCUAUUACAGACUGCAUGGACAAUGCCACCCAGACUGACAUCAGCUUCCAGAACUAUCUGAGUGGGGACAGAGGGUCUUACCCAAGCAAUGGAUCACCCAUGCCACCACCCUCACCUCCACUCGCCCAGCUGGCAGAACCAUACCUGCUCAAUGACCUUCGUUCUCUAGGGCAGGAAUAUAGUGAUCCAAAUAACUACUUCAGUGUUGCCAAUCAUGAGGUAGACCAACAAGAAGAGCUGGAAUAUGAGGAAGUGGAGCUGUAUAAGUCGAGUCAGCAGGAUAAACUGGGGCUAACAGUCUGUUACCGCACAGAAGAUGAGGAGGACCAGGGCAUCUAUGUAGGGGAGGUAAAUCCAAACAGUAUAGCAGCAAAAGAUGGAAGAAUCCGAAAGGGUGAUAGAAUAUUGCAGAUAAAUGGGGUGGAAGUUCAGAACAGAGAGGAAGCCGUGGCAAUUCUGACCCGAGAGGACAGCACCAACUUCUCAUUACUGCUAGCCAGACCAGAGAUAGAGACGGACACUCAUUUGGACCCAGAGGAACUCGACUGUGAAUUGCCUGCCGAGAUGAGUGUGGACAGUCUUAAUAUCUCUCCCCUGUCUGGCCUGUACCAUUUACGCCAACAGAGAAACCAAGUAGGCAUUCCCGAGGAAACCUUACAUCGGGAGACGCCCAUGCUCAGCCUAGCCACCCUCAGCAACAGUCAGGAGCUUGAUAGUGGUGUGGGCCGCACUGACGAGAGCACAAAGAACGAAGAGUCCUCUGAGCAUGAUAUUCUUCUGGGUGAAGAGCAGACCAGCGCCUCCAACACGAAUGGCACCAACACGCCCGGCAGCUUACGGAAGUACAGGCCGGCCAGGAAUGGCGGAAGUGACACUCCAUCUCCACUGUUCCCUCUCAGAGAGCUACACCUCAGCACCGACUCACUGGAUUGUGGAAGUGUUGUUGGAGGGUACCUUCAUGACCCCAUCAGUGGGAUGAUAAUGCCAGGCCUGACAGAGGAGGAAUGCGAGAGGUACAAGCAGCUUUUGGAAAUCAAGUGUCGCUACGAGAAGAGGAUGAAAAGUGUAAAGAAGUUGCAACAGAAUCAGGAAAGACAACAGAACGAAAGAGUAACACAAGAGGAAGAUGAGGUUGGAGAGAAGGAUUUGGCUCUUGAUGAGAACAGUAACGAGAACCUCAUGACCCCAACUCCACAUGAAAUGGUGCUUUUGGAAGAGGAAAUGAGACACCUAGAGUUCAAGUGUCGCAACAUUUUGCGGGCACAGAAGAUGCAGCAAUUAAGAGAGCGCUGUUUGAAAGCCUGGCUGAUGGAGGAAGAAACAUCUGGCCGGGCUUCCGCUGAACCACAGGGAUCUCCUCUACACGAAUUGUCUGACAUCAACGAACUGCCUGAGAAAGAACGAUCAGAUAAGGAUAGCACCAGUGCUUACAACACUGGGGGAGAGAGUUGCAGGAGCACACCCAUGGUGAGUGAGCACCGGCUUCCUAUUUCUCAGAUGGAUGAGUCCACAAGCCCUCUACCUAGUAGACACAGGGACCGACCAAAUUGGAGUGAAAGAGGACGAGCAAGCCUCAACAGUUCUUAUUCACCCAGUAGCUAUAAGAAGUUUCAGACAAACAUCGCUAUCAACCAGCAAUUCCGUUCACUUUCAAGAGAAGGCACUGUCCGACGCAUCCCAGAGGGCAAUUCAAGAGUAAGUAGCUAUGACAAAAAUGGUGGUCGUAGUGCCGAGUCCAGUCCUUACUUCACCAGACGCCGACAUUCAAACGGCCUCACUCCGGAACGGUACCAGAGUUGCAUGCAUCUGGGAUCUUCGCUUUCAGAGAGCUCUGGGCCCCUGGAUAGAGCUGUGGAGGGAGAGAGUGAGGCCCCAAUGGGUGGUAGCGACCGUGAAGGCCCCAUGAUCCUUCCUCAUCCCAGCCCAGCGAAACUCUCUCUGGCCUUACCUCUGCCACUUCCCCCUGCCUCACCACGCAUGGAGUGGAAGGUGAAGAUCAGGAGUGACGGGACCCGCUAUGUGGCCAAACGUCCCGUCCGUGAUCGACUCUUGAAAGCUCGAGCAAUGAAGAUCAGAGAAGAGCGUAGUGGCAUGACUACCGAUGAUGAUGCCAUGAGUGAAAUGAAGAUGGGACGCUACUGGAGCAAAGAAGAGCGUAAGCAGCAGCUGCUGAGGGCUCGUGAACAAAGAAGACGCAGAGAGUUUAUGAUGCAGAGCCGCAUAGAGUAUCUGCGAGAUCGGGAUCUGGAUGCAGGCAGGGAGAACCAGUCAGAGACAGUCCAGAUGGCAACCUCCAUUCUGGACCUCAGCCAGAAAAAAAGCUCAAAGAAACGCAACCGACGCAUACUGGACAACUGGAUCACCAUCCAAGAGCUACUAGCCCAUGGCUCUCGUUCUCCAGAUGGGACAAAGGUGUACAAUCCUCUAUUGUCUGUUACCACUGUCUGAACUAUGCACUGUCUGUUACCAAUUGUGUGAACUAUACCUCUAAUUUAUGUACAGUUCUCAUCUUUGGUCAUCUUUCCACUUUACUAACAUGGCAGAGCAAAAUCAUGUUGCUAUCAUCCUCUUUAAUGUCACCGGCUGAUAAAGAACUUGCAGAACUGGUCAUACUAUUAAGUAACAGUUUCUACUCAAAAACUUUAUGUUCUUUAUCAAUGAAUUUCAACAGGCACAAAAAAACUUUUAAAAUUGAAUUUCAGCUAAAGAUAAUUUAUGAGGACAAGCAUCUGCUUUUAUUAAUUUUGUUAGUGUUUAAAGUCUUGAUCAAACUGAAAACAAAGCACAAGGCUGACAGACAAAGACUUGAAACUUAUGAAUGUUGACUGAAAAUACACAGACAAACUCAAGGCACACACUGUAAAUUAGGGAUGCACCGAUUCGAUACCUGGAUCGGUAUCGGCUCUGAUACCGACGUUUUUAAACGGAUCGGGUAUUGGUCCGACGAGCCCGAUCCAAAUCCGAUACUGUGUGUUAGUCAUGUUUGAUGUGGUCAAGCUCAAAAAAUUACAUAAAAGAACCAUUAAAACACAAUUAAAGUAGUUCAUAUUACUUAUGCAUGUUAUUUAAAGCCACUUGAUGUGCAAUAGCUCUGUGAAUCACAAAAGGCUGUGUUUUAUAAGUAAAUAAAUAAAAUGCAUGCGCAGCUCCAGAACGUCAGUGAAUGGCGCUGCUCUGUUGACACACAUGCGCCUAUUUGUUGCCUUCACAGCGGUGCGCAACAUUUGAGCGCUACUCACAAACAACAUCUCAGAUGUAGAUGCUCUAUAGUUCGGUUCACUUAUAAAAUGCAUUUAGAAUGGCACUGGAGGUGCUUUUUUAUUUUUAACCAGAAUUUGAAUGAGAAGCGAAUUAAACUACUGUGAACUUGCCUACAAACAGACACAUACAUGACUUCCUGGGAAGUUCAGAAUGUCAAAAUAGAAAUGUGAGGGUUUAAAAGUUAAAAGGUGUCACGGAGAGACUCACAGAGGCAGAGAUAUGAACUCAGAAGCAGAGUUUAUUGAACAGAUGAUUGAAACAGUGAUGUAAACAUCAUGUGAGUAAAUCCAGUUGAGCAGAGUGGCAAAAAGCAGGUGAGUAAUCUCCAGUCAGGGUAUAGACACGAUGAACAGAUAAAACAGCUAACUCACAACAGUCUUAUUAUACUUGCAGGCAAUAAUGAAGACACAGGUAUGUUUGACAUAGUAGCAAGGUCUGAAGUCUCAGAGAUACUAUCGAUGAGAACAGACAAAGAGUGGGUGUGAAAGCGGGGUAUAUAUGCAGUCCUCAUUAGCCACUAAUGAUAUGCAGGUGCGUAUAAUCAGAACUCGGUAGAGGGAGCGCUGUGACAGCAGUGAGGAAGAAAAAGAGAGAGAGACCGGUGGAUCCGUGAAUGAAAAAUUAGCUAAUAUCUUACAACUUAAUUGAACAAAAAAGAGAUCUAAAUCCUUUAAAGUCCAGAAACAGGUUGAAAAACUUUUGCCAAAAAGAAAACGGCUGCUUUUCUACUGAUUACUUAUACUGGAUUUACUGUUAAUUUUGCUGCUACAUUAUCCAGUAUACUAGUUAACAAUAAAGUUUUUCUUUAUAAGCUACACAUUUAUAUUGAAAUAAUAUGCAGUUAGAGGUUUGUGUUUCUUUACAUAUUAAAGAGCACACCCAAUUAAUUCCACACAAUAAUGUAGAUAUUCUCAACUGAUGCAGAAAAACAAUACUGGUAUCGGAUCAUGGAUCGGUAUCGGCUGAUACUGAGAUUUCCAAUAUCGGAAUCGGAAGAGAAAAAGUGGUAUCGGUGCAGCCCUACUAUAAACAAGCAUAAAAAUCCCUCUCUGUGGGAUUGAGCUGACAAAUGGAAUUUGUAUGGGAAAUCCCUCAAAACUGCACAAAAGACAAGGAACUGUUUGAUUCUCAACUUAUUUGUGAUUUUGUAGACUGACUUUUGUAUUAUGUACUGUUGUAAUUAUAGCAUCCCAACUAUCAAGUGCUUAACCAGUGCAGCCACAAUCAUUGUAAACAUGGUGACAUGGUGCUGAACAUUCGUACCGCUUAUUUGUGAUGGCCUGUUUAUGACAAAAGCAAUGUAGUGCUUUUUAAUCUGAAUGUACAGCAAUUCUUACCCCAACACCCAUUUGACUCACAUUCAAAAGCCUGUUUGGCCUAAAGUGAACAUAUACUAACCACCAGCAAAAAUGGAAGCACAAAAUACUCUGGAACCACAUGAAAUCUAACCAGCUUUGACAUCAAAACAGAUUGUAUAUUUGAAUAAACUGUUAUUAGGAAUAUAUUUCCUUAAAAGGAUAGUUCAACCAAAAUGAAAAUUCAGUUAUCAUUCAAUCUCCCUUAUGUUGUAACAAACCUGCAUGACUCUUCUUCGACAGAAAAACAAAAGCAGGGUUUAAGUGGGUUUUAAACUCAGUCACCAUUCACUUUCAUUACAUCUUUUUCCAUACAAUGAAUGAUGACUGGGAUUAACAACAUCUCAUUUUGUGAAGAAAGAGAGCCAUAUGGAUUUAAUGAAGACGUGCAAUUGUCAUUUUUGAACUAUCCCUUUAAGUGAACUAUCCCGUUAAGUAGUGUAGCAUUUUGUUUAGAGCUGAAAAUGAAGAUAUGUUCUUAUUAACAAAUAAAAAAGGAUAAAUGUUUAAAUUUUUAGCAUAUUUAAAAGUGUUCAAAGUCCUUUGAAGAAUUGAUUUUGUAGAAAAAUGGCCUUGCGAGUUUUGACCAGUUUUAACGUCACCUCUUGUUGAUGAGAGAGGUAUUUGUUCAGCUCGACUAAUUUUGCAUGACUUUUGACUAAUGUACAAGCACACAAUGAAUACUAAUGGAGAAUUUCCAUUUCUCAGUAUACAAUGUAUGUGACCAGAGGAUUUUAUCCAACACAAUUUACAUAAUUUCUCUCUUGGUGUUAGAAUGUAGAUUUCUAUGCUUAUACUAAUAUGGUACCUGUUGAUUAAUAUCAAUAGUCCUUAUUAAAAAAAUGUGUAAUGUGCAUUAGUUAUUGAGUGGUUAUUUCAAUGCAUAAACCUAUAACACUUUAGACAAAUAAAACCAUUUUGUAUGCUUAAAAUAAACCAAUCUGGGUGAUUUCAUGUUUAGAGACACGAGACACACACAUACACAUUCAGACAUACACCAAAUGAGAGGAACACACAGCAGACAAGUAUUCGCUCAAAAUAUUGUGUGAUCUCUGAAAUAACAAACCGUAUUUCCAACAGCAAGAACAUGUUUUAUAGAAUGAGAGCAAUAAAUUAUAACAUAAUUUCUCUUAAUUAGUUUUGCAUUGAAACCUCAUACAUAUAUACAAAUAAAACGUCAUACAAUUAAUUAUUAUUCUAAAUAUAGGAACUGCUCUUACACAAACAUACUGAUCCAAUUGUACAAUUACAAUUCGUUUCAAGUCCCGCACGUUUCCUUAAAAUGUAAACAAUGGUUCAUGUGCCCAUUCCCAGUAAGAUAUUGAUUCCCCAGUCCAGUGCAGAGUAUACACCGAUCAGCCACAACAUUAAAACCACCUGCCUAAUAUUGCAUAGUAAUAUUGUGCUGCCAAAACAGCGCCAACCCGCAUCUCAGAAUAGCAUUCUUGAAAAUCCCAGGAGAUCAGCAGUUACAGAAAUACUCAAACAGCCCAUCUGGCACCAACAUACAACAGUCUCUGGAAUUUACACCAAAUGGUGCCAAAAACAAAAAACAUCCAGUGAGCGGCAGUUCAGUGGACGGAAAUGCCUUGUUGAUGAGAGAGGUCAAUGAAGAAUGGCCAAACUGUUUAGAACUGACAAAGUGUACAGUAACUCAGAUAACAGCUCUGUACAAUUGUGUGAGAAUAGCAUCUCAGAAUGGCGGCACGAGGGGGACCUACACAGAAUUAGGCAGGUGGAUUAAAGUUGUGGCUGAUUGUAUAUAUGGCAUAUUUAUAUCAACUAAUAUAUACAUUCAGGUUUAUACAGCAUCAUUCAGCUAAGUGCAGAUAGACAUGCAACAAGGGUCACGGAGGUGCAAGACAUUAAUGUGUCCAGAAACCAGUUCAAGCUUUUCGAUAAAACUACUGGAUUAAUUUUUUUUAUGACAUUAUACACCUCAGCUUUAUUUGUGUUUGAGCUUAGCAUGCCCCAGCACUCAGGACGCUUAAUAAAAGCACAAGAGCAAAGCGUUAGAGUUAGAGAGAAGCAAAAUAACCCAUAGGAGAUAAUGUGAAAAGUGGUGAGCGGCCCUCUAAAUUCAGAUCACGUCACAGGUUAUGAAAUAGGACAUGGAGUUCUUCAAUGUCCACAAGGGCCUUAAAGGAGUAGUUUAUCAUUUAUAAUUAAAUAAUUCUGCUAUCAUUUACUCACCCUCAUGUUGGGAGCUUGACAGUAGGGCUGGGCAAUGUGCAAGAAAUAUUUUCACAAUAUUUUUUACCGAUUACUUCAACACCCCUGCCCCCACUGCAGAGGAAUCUGUGAAUAUUUUGCACUCAAGUCGAUUUUGCUUUAAAAAUUAAAUUCAUUUAUUGAAACAUGAAAAACUUAAACCAAAAGAUAUUUCUAAAUUCGUAUUGCAUUUCAAACUAAAUGAAAAAAAUAAAUAAAAGCAAAGUGGUAAAAAAAUCAUAUAUAACAUCCUCUCCAAAUUAAAACAUUUACUGUGUCCAACUACCUCCACCGGGCCCCAUUUGCCAUCAUGCAAGUAUUCGUCUACAUCAACAGGUGGAAAAUGACCAAUACAAAUUAAGAUCUAAAGACAAUUGUAAAUGUAAGUAAUGCAAAUAAUAAUAUUUGAAAAAUAAAGGAGCCAUUAGCUCUGGAAAGUUGAACACAACCCACAUAAUUUCUACUUUCAUAAAAUGGCAGUUUGUUUACUUCCUUAAGCCUAAACGAAUAGAAAACUGCCCAAUAAUUUCUACUGUGUUCUUAAUAUUGCCUAAAGAAAAUGAAAUCAAACUGAAUUUAAGGUUCAAGAUGAACAUUUGUUUUGUAUUAUAUUAUUAAUUAAUCACUUUCAUCAUGGAUGAUGAAUACAAGUUGAUGUCACAAAGCAAUGUGUUUUGCAUAACAUUUAAAUAAAAGUGUUGCAAUGUUUCAUCAAUCUCAGUAUUUACACUUUAAUGACAUUUCAUCAUAAUGACUUUUCCCAAAAGGCUGUAUUUCCUUUAUAAAGAAAUUUCUAAUAAAUGUGCUCUUUUAAUCAAGUUGCCAAGCCAUAGUGUAUUUGCUACAAGACAUGUGUGAUUCUAAAGAGUAGGUUAUAACUGGAUAAUGUUUCAUGCUAUUCAGAGACCAUUUCGGCAGUGAAAUUGAAGUAUAUGUCUCUGUGGAACAAAAAUUAAGGUUUCCAAUCAGUGGCCGUUUUCAAACCAUCUAAUCAAAAUAGGGAACUACUGUAUAUUAGCUCAGACAGCAUUGAGGUGAGAAAUGUAUUUGGAACCAACAAUUCAAUUUUUUGUUAAUCAAGUAAAGCACUUGAAAAACCGCCAUCCCAAUUUGAAAACACCUACUGACUGAGCAACCCCCUUAAUUUUUCUGAAGCGACAUCAGUCUCGUGAAAAUUGACACAACCGGCCUCUUUAAUCCUUAAUACUUUUACUGUUUAAAUAUUUCGAUUAAUAUCUAAAAAUGUAAAUGCAUGAUAACUACUGGGUUACUAUUUUAUAUAUUUGGCGGCUUCACAGCUCCAUGGUUUUGUCAUUUCCCGAUAUUGUCGAUCAUCGUCUGUCAAUAACUGUCGCAAUUGAAUUGUGAAAUUUGUCAGAUAUGGUUGAUAUCUGAUUACAUUGUCCUAUCGACCACCCCUAACUAACAGCCCCUGGUCACAAUCCAAUUACACUGUAUGGAAGAGAAGAGCUUGGAUGGGUUUGGAACAACAUGAGGGUUAGUAAAUGAUGACAGAAGUUUCUUUUUUGGGUGAACUGUCUCUUUAGGGAUUUUCUCCAGCCAUGGACAAUCCUCAUAUGUUAAAAGUACUGGAAUCCAAGAGUUCACCUGAAUAAACAGUAUUGUAGUUGGA